GUUCGGAAUGGCUCCCUUACCCCCAUCACGCGAUCGCUCCGUACGUUCGUCUGAUAUAUAAGUGAACCAGCGCGCCGAUUGACAGAACGUAAUCCACAGUCACAGUCGCGUUUCGAGUUUUGUUUCUUUUUAACGUGGAUGCGCGACAUUCGUUCGUACAUGUCAUCGCGAGGACACGCGAAACACGUGCUUCCGCAACGUCAACGCCGCGCGCCCCUUUCGAGCGCCGGCCACGCAACGACGCGGAUCCAGCCAAUAUCUGUCUCUUUUCUCUGUUGAGUAAAAAUUCAUUGCGAGAAGAAUUACUAAACGGCGUGUAAUAACGCUGAGAUAAUUCUGUUAAUGAGUAAGGAAGGUAUGAGAGAAUUAAUUGUCGUUGAUUUAUGAAAUUUAAUAAAAAGAUUUUAUUCCAAGAGAAAUGAGACAUGUUAUAUGGCGCAUUGGCCAAUUCUGAUUCAUGCCUACCUUUCUGACAAAUUUCUCUCGGAAAAAUAUAUAGAGGAUAAUAUAUAUAGAGGACAAAGAGGAAGACGAAUAAAAAGAGAAGUUUUAGUAUAGCUAAUAGUACUCGAACAGGAGAAAAAAAAAAUUCGAGAGAAAGAUGGAAUUAAUGCGUUCAAGAUGGGGGAUAUGUAUGAUUCUCUUUUUGAGCCUGCAAAUAGUAACGGAAGUCAGUGGAAAGAGACCGGAAAUUAUCCUUGCGGAAGUCCUUGCAAAGCCCUUUGUGCCCCGAGAAUUCGCCUCACUGGAAUGCAUCCGCGACAGUAAAAUUUAUCUCGAGGAACUUGAAAAAUAUACACCAUGGGCGCUUCAAAUGUACGAUGCUUCGGUUAAAAUACCAUCCGGCGUAAUCACUGGCAAUUAUAAACAGCUGGGCAAUUUCGACGAAUGCUUACUCGUGAAGAACGAACAUGGCUUUGUCGGGCAAGCUUGCAACGCGGCGGUGCAAUUCGAGAUAACCGCGGAUGACGGUGCAUCGGAACGCGAGUUGGACUUAAGUGAUUUGCUCCUGAAUGUCGCGAUCGCGUCGAAUGCGACAAAAUGGACGUCCGGUAAUACGGUUGAUUACACAUGGAUGUGGUGCGUUCCAUCCACGUGUAACUAUACGGAAAUUCAGGAGGCUCUGGAACUCGAAUUUGAUUCAUUGAAAGUUGAAGGGCGUGUGGACAUGAUCGUUAGCGUUCCUAAGGAAUCAUGUCACACCAUAGAGAGCGUUAACUCAAGCUGGGAUCACGCCGAUGUCUGUUACAUAGUGAUUCUUGCAUUCAUCGCAUUCCUGGUUAUAGCCAGUACGGUAUACGACAUUACGGGACUAUAUCGGAACAUUACAUCGAAAUGGAAAGUUAUCUUUACAUCGUUUUCUUUGUACACGAACGGGAAGAAUCUGUUGCGGACUGAUAGACAGCGUGAGGCUAUUAGCUGUUUAGAUGGCAUGCGCUUUAUCUCUAUUUGUUGGAUAAUAUACGGGCACACGUAUUACCUGGAGGCGGUUGGUGUCAAAAUGAACCUCACGCAGAUUGUACGAAUGCAUCACGAUUGGAACAGCAUGCUGGUACUCAACGGGAACAUCGUCACAGACACUUUCUUUCUUCUGAGCAGCACUUUGCUCUCCUACAACGUACUAUUGAAGAAGGAACGAGCCUCAAACUCAUGUUUCGAUUUUAUAGGGCUUUACAUUCAUCGUUAUAUAAGAGUGACACCAGCCUACGCGAUGAUGAUCGGCUUCUAUGCCACGUUGUUUUAUAAAAUCGGAAUGGGACCGAAUUGGGAUGCAUGGGUUGGUUCCAAUAAGAACUUCUGUCGCGAGAAUUGGUAUACGAAUCUUCUCUACGUUAACAACUUCGUCAACGUGCCAAACAUGUGCAUGUCUCAAUCUUGGUACCUUUCGACCGAUAUGCAGCUUGUCUGGCUAUCACCGCUUGUACUUUAUCCUAUGCUGAAGUUCAGGAGCCUCUACUUCAACAUUAUUCUGUUUACUUGCUUUCUUCUCUCGAUCUUAGUGCCGUUUGCUAUAACAUUUAUACAUCAGCUAACGGGCACAAUGCUCUACUAUAAGGACCAGAUGAACGUCAGUCAAGUAUACCUGGAAAUUUAUACAAAGGUGUAUAAUAGAUUUGGACCUUACGUCAUUGGAUUAGGCCUUGGGUAUGUCUUAUAUAAGACACAAUCUAAAGUUAAGCUACGCGUCAGCCAUGUGAUUUGCGGUUGGCUGAUUGCCAUUCUCAUCGGUUGUUCGGCCAUUUUCGGACCGCGUGCCAUGUAUUUUGAAGAUCACGAAUACAAUAGAUUGGAGGCAAGUUUUUAUGCGGGUUUUCAUCGGCAGACCUUCGCGUUAUCAGUCUCCUGGAUCAUCUUUUGCUGCGUUAACGGUUAUGCAGGUCCCGUGAAUCACUUCCUUUCUUGGUGCGGAUGGCUACCGCUGAGCAAAUUAUCUUAUUGCGCUUAUUUAUGUCAUUAUGUUUUUCUACUAUCCGAUAUUGGAACCGCUCGUACCACCGGCAAUUUAACAUCAAUAAAUGUGUUGCGUGCGUUUUUCGCCAAUUUGAUGUUUACGAUGAUAUUAUCAGCCAUAUGGAGCCUCUGUUUUGAGAUGCCUUUUACAAAUAUCGACCGUAUCCUUCUCUCUGGCCGAAAAUCGUCGAAACAGCGGAAUUUCAGACACACAACGGACUCUGACAAGGAGAUCAGUCAAUCGAGGAACGAGCUUUCGACUACAUAUAACAAUGAUAAUAAUUCGGAAAAAGAUAUGGUCUACUGCGAUUCUACAGAAACCGCUGACGAAAAUCGCGAAAAUAGCGUAGAACACGAAGAAGCAAAAAAAAAUAUCAGUAAAAUUUAUCUUAUCAACCCAAUUAAAUGCGACGACGCACAAGACAUGAAUACCCACAAGAGAAAAUCCGGUUAUGUCAAUGUCGAUUUUUACCGUACUUUCGAUGAACGAUCAAGAAUGAGUUCGAGUGGAAAAUUGUCAAUAAACAUCGAGUCUGCUGAUAUCAUAAAACCAAGUCAUUUUUCAAAAAAUAGAAAAAUUAGCAUAUGAUUAUAAUAAAGCUUGUGAGCCAAGAAUAUUCAGUUUUAUAGCAAGAGAAAUAAAAUAUAAGAAAAAAAAAUAUAUAUAUAUAUAUGUAUACAUAUAAGAAAAAAAAGUGCGUGAUAUAUAAUAGUGAUUUUAUAUAUUUGAAGAAAUGAAUUACAGAGAGAAUUAGACUUUGUUUACAAUCCACAAUAAAAUAUCUAGGAAUAUCGAUAAGUACAUAGUAUUAGCUAUGAAAAUGUUAAAUAGACUAGGAAAUUAUGUAUACAAUUAACUCAAUUAUAUUUUUAAUUGAGUUUUUAAUUAUAUAGUUUUUAAUUAUAUUUUUAAUUGAGAAUUAUAUAAGAGAACUACUUCUCUUUACUUUAUCGAUUCUUAGUGAUAUUAAUGAUUAAUGAUUUGUAUGAUUAUUGUGAUAUAUAAUGCAUUGUUAUUAAUAAUUAUAAGAAAAUGUUAGAUUGUAUAUUGUAAGAGAUUAUAUACUGUUAAAUUAUAUAUUGUAUUAUAAAUUUUCGCGCGAAGAGAAUGUAUAAUCCUUGAUGUGACAAGGGUGAAAGCGACCAUCGAUUUAAUCGUCAUUACUUGCAGUAUUGAUAGAGUUAUAAUCAACAGACGCAUUUAAAUUUACGUUAUAAAAAAAAUAAAACUUUAAAGUGUUAUUUAAAGAAGCUUCUACAAAAUUGUGAGCAACAUAUGACUACUUAUAUUUUAAAUAAUAAUAAUAUACUAAAAAUAAGAAGCAAGAAAGAUUACCUCAUAUUCUCUCACUCAAUCAGCUUCUACUUUUAUCACCGAAUUAUUUUGACAAAGUAAUUAACGUAAAUAGUUUUUAACGUCUAAACUAAUCUAUCUAAUAUACUUUAUAACAGUCUCUGGGUUGAACAAAGGCAUUGAUUUUUUUUUUUAUAUAUUAAUGAAGAUAUUAAUUGUAAGCUAUUCGUGAAUAAAAAUACAAAUUUGAACGUCUUGAUAAAAAUUCAUGAGCACCCUUU